AGCAGUUGGUUCAAAAUCACUGCCAUUAGGAGAUAGCUAAGCCUCUUUUGAAAGACACAAAAUGUCCAUAGAAGGCAAGCAUGUUUGUGAGGAUCAAGUGGCUGCUGGGGUCCCUAGACCACCAAUACGUUUCAGAUUGCAUCAUGGUUCAAGAACAUCUAGCACUAGCGGGAAGUAUGAUAGCUCUUUUUGCAAGACGGCUUUUUCAGAACUAGUUGAGGAAGCAACUCAAGAUGGUUCCUGUGUUAUUGAUAAGAAGAGGUUUCUAGAACAAGAUUUGGAUGCUGAAAGUCCCUUGCAAUCUUUGGUUAAGAAGCUGAAAGUCUUGGAUUCGGAUGCAUCAAACAAAACAGUGCCAGUCCCUGGGAUAAGUGAGCAGAAUGUAGAGGAUCCUGAUUCUCAGAAAAAGAAGAAGCCAUCGUUUAAGAUUGUGAGAAGGGUGGUUGAAAACAAGGGUGUUUCCCCAUCUUUCGUGGAAGAGAAGAGGAAAAAUUCAGGCAGUGGUUCGGAAUUUUCUAAAGCUUUUGCUGAACUAGAUUUGGUAGAGAAAAAGCCUGAUCAGUUUCAGAUAACAAAAUGUCAAUCGUGCUCCGUAGACGGAGGUAAUAAGGUGCUAUGUGAAGAGCCUGAAAGAAAGGCACAAGUUGAUACUAUUCAAGGAGAACUGAAUUCAUAUACCCGAGAUCUUGACCUUAAAAAGAGUGAGUGUGAAGCAAUCCAACGGCGCAUUAAAAGGCACAACAUAGAAUUUGAAUCAAAGAAAGAGCAGCUCAGCUCCAUCGAAAAGCUGAUUGCUGAAUGCGCGAAGCAUUUGAAGUUAAAAGAGGAACAAUGUGCCAUGGAAUGUGACAUGGUGCAUAAGGUGGUCGAGCAGCGUGAUGAAAUUCACAGGAAAAAGCAGAGGGAACUUGAAGAAUAUGAUGACGAAAUUUGCAAAAUGGAUGUGCAUCUCAAUUUGCUAGGGGACUUGUUCAGAGAGUCUGACAAGCAAUUUGUGUCAACCAAAAAGCAACUUGAAGAACGGAUCAAAGUUCUUGAAGUGAACGAAAAUCAACUUGCAAAACGAAUGAAAGGCCUUGAGUUAAAGGAGAGGAAAUUUGAAGGACGAGAAAAGGAAUUUGAAUCAAAAGAGAAGCAAUUUAGUUGUAAAGUGAAGCAGCUUAGGGAAAGAGAGGAGGAGUUUGAAGGUCAAGUGCAAGAGCUUAAGUCAAGCAGGAACAAGUUCGAAUGUGAACUGAAGGAGCUCCAAUUGAAAGAGAAGCAAAUUGAAAGGCAAGUGCAGGAGCUUAAGUGCAAAGAGAAUCAGUUUGAAGAACACAGAAAGGAGUUUGACUUGAAGGAAAAGCAACUUAUAGGACGAGAAAAUGAGUUUGUAUUGAAAAAGAAGCAAUAUGAUGGUCAAGUAAAGGAGCUGACAGCGAAGAAGAAGGAAUUUGAUGCUGAAUUAGAGGUGCAUGAAUCAAGACUGAAGAAUUUUGAGGGUAAAUUGAAGGAGCACCAAUUAAAGGAGGCAUUACUCGAAAGCCAAGUGGAGGAACUUAAGUCAAAAGAGAAUAAGUUUGAAGAACAGACAAAGGAACUUGAGUUGAAAAAACAGAUGCUUGCACAACAAAUGAAAAAGUUCAAAUUGGAAAAGGUGAUGUUUGAAAUACAACUGAAGGAACUGAAGUCAAAAGAGAAGCAGCUUGAUGGCAAAGUAAAAGAUCUUGAAUCCAAAAACAAUCAUUUUGAAGGACGACUGAAGGAACUUGAGUUUCAAAGGAAGCAAUACAAAGCAGUAGAAAAAUCGUACGAAGUGAAAAAAGAACAGGAUAAUCAGCCAAGUUCUCCCAGUGAUGGAAGAAGUUUGCAGUCUCUCGCAAAUGAGCAAAUGAAUGAACUCGAGUCGUGUGACAAUGAAGUUUUAGCUCAACUCCGGUCCUGCCCAGAUCCUGCAAAACUCAUUUUGAAUAUAUUGAAGAAUCCUAUAGUUCCGCAUUGUAAGAUGGAAGAUGAAGUUAUAGCCAUUGAUGAAAGCCAAAUCUUCCUUCUUCAACAGCUGAUUCAACUAUCACCACAUAUCAAACCUCAUGUCAGAGACGAGGCGAUGGAGCUUGCCCUCAAUAUGAAAGCUAGCAUGACAAGAAAUAUUGAAAAUCCAAAUAUGGUUCUUGGUUUCCUGCAGAUUUUGUCCGCUUAUGGACUAGUUUCUUCUUUCAAUGCAGAUGAAGUUUUUAAGCAUUUUGAAAUCAUUUCUCAGCACAAGCAAGCGGUAGAGCUCUUCCAGAUGCUCGGUCUUAAGGGUAAAAUCUUUGAUUUGAUCGAGAAUCUUAUAAAGAACGAGAAGCACAUUGAAGCUGUUAGAUUCAUCUGUGCAUAUAAGUUGGAAGAGAAGUAUCAACCAAUUCAUCUCCUUGAAGCACAUGUGAACAAAGCAAAGUUGAUUUGUGAAAACAGCUGCAACAAAACUAAGUUCAUUGAGAUGAAGGUUAAGGCCAUGGAUAAAGAAAUUGAUGGUCUAGGAAAUGUUCUGCGGUGCAUGUCAGAGAACAAAUUACAACAUGAGGAUUUACUCAAGGUGAUUCUAAAUCGCAUUCUUGAGCUAGAAAGAUUCAAAGCAAGUAGUAUUGUUUCUGAUAUCAUGGCUUUCUUCCAACAUUGCUUGGACCUGUAGUAAAGAAACGUGGUAGUAAAAAAAUGGGGUAAAUAAGAUAACUGUGUUCUUACUAUUUGAUAUUAACCUGUCUGGCAAGAAAAAAAUUGUAAGAGUGAAUAU